AUGAUAGGUGGGGACGUAACCGAGGAAAUCGUGGCAAUCUUAGUGCCGGUAUCUCAGCGCAGCCCUGAUCGCCUCUUCGCUGGGAUACUGGUAGUUGGCUUGCAAUUCUUUGAUAGCUGCAAAAAGGAAUUCACAAAUAAAGCUGGAAUAGCAUGGGUGGGUUUUGAUGCGAAUCAACAACAAGUUGAGCAACAGGCAACUGCUCUCCAUCUUUCUUCACCAAUGAGAAAUUCUGAUACUAUGAAUUUACUCAAUAAGAUGGAGAAUUCUGUUAGAGUAUCUCUUAAGAAUCUUGGAGUGUCAUACUUGGAUCUCUAUUUGAUGCAUUGGCCUGAGAGCUCGGCAUUUGGAGAUGCUACUGAUCCUCCUACUAAGUCAGGGAGUGAGUAUAGGCAGUUUCUGAAUCGGUUUAAGACUACAUGGACAGCAAUGGAAAGUCUGGUGGAGUUGGGUCUAGUUCUAGCCAUUGGCGUUAGCCAUUUUAAUAUAGAGCAGAUCAAAGAACUGCUCAGUGAAUUUCUCUGA